UGGAGAAGGGGAGGAGAGGAGAGAUGAAGGGGGCCUCUCAUGUUUGGUUACUGCUGCUGGCUCUGCUCCAAAUCUACACACCCUCCACAGCUCUUAACACAACCAGUGCCACGACCGCCUCAGCACCCAACCCAACAGUUCUCAGCUACCGCACACGUCCCGCUAACAUCAAAGUGGCUUUGGGAGAACCUGCAGUGUUUCGCUGCGGAGUGCCAGAAGCUUCUCCAAACAUCACAUUCACUCUCUUCGGGGGUCAUGGCAACUACAGCCUCAUCUGCCCUCAGGGCCAUGUGGAGGAUAUCCCCCAGGCUCUGUACGGAAGCUGUGAAAUGAAGACAAGUGAGUCGUUGGCUGUUUGGACCAUCAAAGGAACAUCUUUCUCCGACAACGGUACACGAGUGGAAUGUCAGCAAUCAAACAACCCAGAAAAACGUGUUGCUGUCCUACACAUUUACGAUAACGGUCUCAACCGCGCCGUUCUCAUUGGUUGUGUCAUCGGUGGAUUUUUUGGCAUGCUGUUGGUGGCUGUUUUGUUGUUUGUGCUCCUGCAGAGAUCUGACACCUUCCAGAAGUGCUUCAGGGGAAAAGAAGGAGAGGAGGAUCUGGACACGAUCAUAACAAAGGAAUAAGAGGAGACAGAAAGUAGAGAAACAUUUUACUCUUCAAAAAGUAUACACAGUUGGGCUUUAUUCACCGGAGCUGUUUUAUUUCUUAACCCUUUGACUAAUGUAAGUCAAGUGGCAAUCACAAGUCUGGAGAUGAUGACUGGGUGUAUCUGGUUACAUUCAGUCUAAACUCUGACAUCUUCACUUUCUUUCUCUGUAUGUAACAAAAUGAAGCUUCCUCACUUUUGCUGGGAUAUUUAUUCUUUGGCACUGCCUUUAGGGUACAUACUACCUACAUAUAAAUAGAGUAGAAUGUAGUGUGUUGCUUGUUAAGAAAGCUGUAAGAUUUCUGUGUGUAGUUUUUAAAACAAGUCUGCCUGAGUUUUUGGAUUAAAAGAGAGGUUUAAAUUUGUUUUGCUCAAUGUUGUAAAAAGAUGUCAGGGCUGUGCACUUUUAGCUCCAGACCACAGCAGUCAGUGGUCACAGAGUUGUCACAAAAGUGGUGAGUAAGCAAUCAAAAAAAGAUUGACCGCAGACAGGAAAAGCGGAAUCAAAGAGUUGCCUCUCUUUCUGUAAGCACAUUUGUUUUAAAUCUGUUUACCAUCAAACAAAAAAGCCAAUGAAAUACUCUCUGACUGUUUUGUAAUAUUAGAUAAACUCUGCAUUUAAACACUCAACAUAAGCACCUACUCCACUGACAGUAAGCUUCUUCAGGGGCACUCACACUCGGCCCAGACAGAAGCCGUGUACCGUGCCAAAGCAUGAUUGACAUGAUUGUGUGUAGUAUGGAUUGCCUUGUGUGAGUGCGCCCUUAGUGGGUGUAAGACUACAAAAAAGAAAUAUCAUUUUAAAGCUCCUGUGAGGCGUUUUUACCUGCACAGCAAGAAAGAAGGCAGAGUGAGAUUGUUUUUGUUGUUGUUAGGAAACACUAAAAAAGAAGAUCAAGCAAACAGGUAGCAGAAAAACAAGAAAAACAUUAAAACAACAGAAAAUGUCACCUAUGUUAUUCAUUAAAAUAUCUUAUGGAAAUAAUUGUUGCUUUAUCUUCUUUUGUUGUGUCAGCAAAAUGUGACAUAAUGAUGUAGAGCUAUGUGUGUAUUUGCAUCCUGAAGUUAAUUGUCCAGAUGCUUUUGACUUCCAAACACAACCCCUGUCUUUGCAUAAAGACGUCAGAUGUCUUUAUGAUUAUACUACUGUAAGUCAGUGAUUUUCAACCACUGUGCCGUGGAACACUAGUGUGCCGUGACAGAUCAUCAAGU